UUCAUACAAGUGAAUCCUCUCAGAAUCCCAUCUUUUGAAUUAUAGCAGACACUGAGGCGAGGCACUGAGUUACUUGACCAGCACACAGCUCGUGCACAAUUUUUCAGGAUCAUCAUAUCUUUCCAAAAGAAGACAAAUUGUAUACAGGAGACUAGAAGCGGCAAACAUGUGUGACAGAAAGGCGGUGAUCCAAAAGACUGACAUGUCGGAGGACAUGCAGCACGACGCCGUGGAGUGUGCCAAACAGGCCCUGGAGAAGUACAACUCGGAGCAAGACAUGGCUUCAUACAUCAAAGGGGAGUUUGACAAGAAAUAUAACCUGACCUGGCACUGCUUCGUUGGGAGGAACUUAGCCUGCUACGUGUCUUUUGAGAAAAAGCAUUUCAUUUACUUUUACUUUGGUCAGAUGGCCAUCCUGUUGUUCAAAUCCGGCUGAGGGACGGACGCAUUAUGGUUUUUUUAAGUGGCCGCUGCCUUUUUCUGUUCUGCUUUCUGCUGUGUUCUGUUCUUCAGGUUAGAAAAAACAACGUGGCCAUGUUAAGAAUUAAUACACUUAUAUAUAUUUUUGUUUCAUUGAAUGAUCUUUUAUAUUUUUUUAUUAAAGCAUAUCUGUUAA